UUUUACUAGUAACUUUGUGAAGUUGAUGAGAAACAGAGGAAAACGUUUGGUGUUGAUUUCUAGCGCCUAUGUGUAUUUGAAACUGUUCUUAUUGGGAAUUUUCGCAACACUGGAUACUAUCUUACAACUGCGCAUUGAUUUUUUAGUGAUUUGUUUAACUUUUCAUUCAACACUUUGGUUUUGUUUCAAAAGUUCGUACCUAUCCGUACGCGUGGGAUCAGUGCUAUGUCAACCGUGUACCAGUGCAGUCAUCUAGAUGACUCAGACAUUUAACUCUCCUUCGUCUCAGUGACUCAAACAUAGAAACCAAGUGACCUCCAUCUGCGCAGUCAUGGAUUACGGCAACGACGCAGACCCAAUGAUAUCAUCGGUAGUGAUCUUUCAAGACUACCACAGCAUGGCCGCGUCUCAGCAGGCGAGUUCUUUCGGGAUGCUAGACUUUGAUUCCUAUUCACGACCAACCAUGUUAGAUGAACCUCCCAAUAACAUUGAUAUGAACUUGGACAGUCCGGCCUCCAUCGAGACUUACCAUUCGGACAUGGAGCUGGGCUUCCAGGACAACCAGUCUGUGGAAUCCCCAGCUGAACACGACACCAGCGACUCACCCAUCACCAGUGUUGCGUCCACUCCUCAGAAAUGCUCAAGUUUUGAUGAUGACAUGUUUGAGCAGGACCGCAGACUGGUCAACCAAAGAUUCGCCCCACACGACGUGUUCCCCGUGGACAAUUCGUGGACACUAGAACAAAAAAUUGACCGCCUGCUAGAACUCAGCCCUUGCGACAAGUACACUCGAGAGGAAUUGUUGAACAUUGACUCUGUAGAAAACCCAGAACAGAAAGUGGACAUGUUGAUCAAUUUAGUGGCUAGAAUUCGUGUUAACUUUCGUUGGAACUACGUCAAGCCCGAAGAACUCUGCAAAGGAUACACUGUGGUCACCAACUGCAAGAAAGAGAAAAAGAAAGACUCCGAAGGUCAGACUACGCCAAAGAGACCAAUGAACGCAUUUAUGAUCUGGUCAAUGAAGUGUCGCACACUCAUCUCUCACAUUUCUCCCCAGCUUCACAACGCCAUCAUCAGCACCAAAUUGGGGGCCGCCUGGAGAAAGUUUGAUGAAGAAGAAAAAGGCUAUUACGAACGAGAAAAAGAGAUCCUCACUAACUUUCAUCGCUAUGAGUUCCCCGAUUACAAAUAUAAGCCUCGCAAGAAGCCCAAGAAGACAGAAGAAAAACCAUCUCCGGUACCUAAGCCUAAAAGUAACAAAAGAAAAAAAGUGGAACCUGUGCAGCCACCCCCUCUAAGAGGCAUCAACAUAGUCGAUGCUCGACAAAGUCUUGACCCCCACCUGAAAGAGAGACUGCAAGUUAAAAUGCAAGUCAAAAUAGACCCUGAUCUUAAAAAGGAGAUCGGCAAGAGAGUGACAGGUAUAGAUCUGACAGAUCUUUCUAGCUACAAUCACGGAGAGCUUGCAUCACCGCCAUUCGCCAAACUUCAACGACUGUCUACAGAUAGCUCGUCAGCUGUCCACCUGAUCAUUGACAAUAAGCCUUCGUCCGUGUUUGACACACCGGAAAACUCGCCGCACACUCCCAUCACUCCGGUCACUCCUACAGAGAACGUUAUGUGCUUUACAAGGGGCGACUCAUGUUUCAAUUUUGAAGAGAACAAAACCAGCAUCGACCUCUGCUAUCACAUGGAGAACAACAACAACGUCAUCCAUUCCAUGCUGGCUGAAAGCAUCAAGGCUGAUCAGCACCAGGUUCGCUGGGACCUCAGUGCUGUGAAAUCCGAGCCCCAGGAAUAUCAGUACUUCUGCGCCACUGUUAAAACAGAGCCCGGGACACACCCGUGCCCCACCGCCACACUGGAUAUGGACGAAAUGCCCCAACUGCCCGUGUUGUCCUCGGACAUUCUGGACGAGGUGUUGCCCAGAGGUGACGCCGUUUCCAUCAGAGAAACAAUGUCGUUUAACAAUGAUGAUCUUUUGUCUGAUUUAAUGAACAUUGUGGUCAACGGGGGCGAUUAUCUCCCUGACCUAGCUUCAUGUGUGCCUGAAGGACCAGCCACUGUUUAAAGCCGAAACAAAACUGUUCAUAAAGAUCAAUAGUUUAUAACUUAACAUGUGAUUGAUUUCAAACAAAACUACGUAAAUAUGUUGUUUUUUUUUUGUUUCUUCUAACCAAUGCUGUUUGGGUUACAGCCAAUGUAGUCUCCAACUAGCUACACUUUUUGUAUUUCCAUCUCUGUCUCUCUUUGCUGUCACACACACACACACACACACACACACUGAAACCCAUUCUAUACAACGAGAAGUAACAACAGACAUAAACAUUUUUAAAAAAUACAACGACCACACACUCACAUACACUGACCCACUUCUUUGAUGUUUAUUAAUUUAACUUUUUAACUUGUUGUCAUCCUACACCACACAAAAUCAGUCUACGUAAACAUCUUUCAUCAUGUCAGUUAAACUAGUCACUAUCUAGCUACGUAUUUAUUGCCAAGGCUAGUCCGCUAUAAACAUUGAUUUCUUGCCUACGUAUUUAUAGUAUUUUUUAAUGGAUGCAUUUUUAGUGGACCCGUCCGACUCAUUGAACUGAUUCAGUUUAUCAGUACCGUCAUGCACUACCUCUAGAUAAGUUAUUGUCCAUCCAUAACUAGUUUAUAUCCGACUGACCAACGCCUGGAUAGCAAACCCCAGCAGUAUAGUCCGUCCAUAGUAAUGUAACAUGUAGCAUUGAAUAUCCUAUCCUCUUCCAGACUACGUGACUCAACAUGAAUCCUAUUGCCAUUCAUUUACCAAUCGUUAAAAUAUCCUCCAUCAUAACUCCAUCAUUUCAGUGUUCAUACUCAUGGUAUCGUUAGUUGUUUGUCAUUCAUCUCACAGUAACCACAAUCACAAGUCAUUAUUUAUUCAAUCAUCUAUCAGCAAUCAAUUUUUAUUUUUUCUAGUUGUCAAUUUUUUUUUCUCUAGUCUUCAUAGCAUCACCAUUCAUGUGUCAUCCAAUCAUCAUCAUUCAAGCUAGUGCAGUCAUCUUAUCAUCCUUCAUGAUUUAUUUAAUUAGCAGUCAUCAAGUUUAAUUCAGUCAUUCAGUCCUCAUUCAUUCUUCAUUCAGUCAUCAUUCAUUCUUCACUCAGUCAUCAUUCAUUCUUCAUUCAAUCAUUUAACCAUCAUUCAAUUUUCACUCAGUAAUCCACUUAACACUAUUCUUGCUUCAUUCAGUCAUCAUUUGUGUUUCAUUCAGUCGUUCAAUCAUUAUACAAUUUUCAUCCAGUUAUCCAAUCAUCAUUUAUGCUUCAUUGAGUCACUCAAUAAUCAUUCAAGUCAUUUAGUCACCUCACCAUUCUUGCUUCAUUGAGCCAUCCAUUCAUCAUUCAUGUUUCAUUCAGUCAUCCAAUCCUCAUUCAUUUACAUACCUACCAAUACAUCACGGCCAUAUCAUCCAUACAUCACGGCUACAUCACACAUACAUCACGGCUACAUCAUCCAUACAUCACGGCUACAUCACCCAUACAUAGCAAAUCCCGCGAGCAUGAGUUCUUUUCCCUCUUGCGCUCACACGACAUUCAAGUCCCACAGUAUUGUGUUCAUCAACUCUUGUAGUUUCUCACAAAUGUAUUUUUUUGUUUUUGUUUUUACAUACAUUAUCUCCCUUUAAGCCUAGAUGAACACUCGAAUCAAAAGUACGACUGACAAUCCUUAUGCAAUAAUUAUAUUCCUAUUCUACUGCCAUGCGUUAUCUACGCUAUCCUCUUGCACAAUUUGUUCUUGACUUCAUGACAGUUUUACUUACAUUCCUUAUUCUGGAAACAGCUAGGGUCAGAUGACACACAUCUAAAAUAGAUGAGGGGUCAGUUGACACCCCACCACAAACACCUGGGGGGGGGGGUCAGUUGACCAACGCUAUGACCAGUGUUGUUUAUCUUCAUACCUGUUUCCAAAUCUUGACCCCAAACUGUUUAUACCCUAACGACGCCUGUACGUUGCCUUCACACAGAAUGCUAAAACCAAUGCGACAGCCUUGCUUUUUCUCUCAAUUCCGCAUGACAUCUUCAGGCAUGCAAGUAAAUGUCAUUCUUUUGAAAUCUGGCAUUCAACGAAAUGUCAUUCUUGUAAUUGUACAACUUCAAAUGUUUACAAAAUAAUAUUACAUGAAUUUUAUUACUGUUGUAAUUUUUUAAAGCUGACCUAUGUUGACUGGGAUUAUUCUUUUUUUUUUUUUAACAUUCGUGUCUGGGGUGGACUUUGGCUGACCAAAUAUAAAGCACAGAAGAAAUUUUAAAUACAAUCUAAAAUUAAUUUGAAAUCUAAUUUUUAAAUUAGAUAUACAUCUAAGAAAAAUUCAUCAAAUGGCAGUUAUUACGGUACCAAUUUAUUUUUGCUUACAGUUAAAUUCCUAUUUUAAAACCCCCUGGUGUUGGGCUGAGCGAAAAGAAUAAGAAAAAGAAAUUCGUGUGAUAUUUUAUUUAAACAUGCAGCAGCUGUGUUUAUCUAUGUGUGAUAAUAAUUUGGGGAAAAAAUGUCAAGUGGCAGUUACUUUUGCCGCGCCGCGUGUGCUAACUGCGUAGAAUUAAAGCAACGCGCGAUGUACUAAUACAGUACGGUACUCACAUACCCAUGGCUCGUGCAGCUUUGACUGUCGAAUAUCGUCUGCUGAAAUGAAAGGGGUCAGAUAGAGAUAACACCUCUGCAUGAAACGAGGCCUUGCGCAUGAUUCUAUCAUUUCAUUGGAUGGUUAGCGACAUAUCAAAUCUGGAUAUAAAUAUUUAUUUUAUUUAUUAUUAUUUAAAAGAUAAACGCUUGUGUGAUUUAAGAUCAUUUAUAUAUAUAUUUUUAUUCUAAACUUAAUUUUCAAAAACACUUAUAAGAAAUUAUUAAUUUGAAUCGGAACAGAAGUGCCGUAGAAUACACUUUAUUUUUAAAGUUUAUUGACAUCUAAACCUAGAUCUAGAUUCUGCUUUGUUUUCGAUCACGUUCUAAUUUAUUGGAAAUAUCGUUCAGGGAAAUUAAUUUAUAAGAUGCCUGCUGUCUCCUCCCCCCACCCCCCUUUUCUGGCGUUUCAAUUGUUGUGAUGAAGGUUGUUAUUGACAUCGUAAUACCGGCUCCAUUGCUGUAAUUACGACAAUAACAAACAUGAACUACUAAAUAUUGGCUGUGCUAAACAAUGAUACAACUAUUUAAGAAAAGGAGAAGAUAAAUUGGUCGUAGUUCGCCAAAUGUGUUUUUUUGCUUCAAGCGAUGUAGCAAAUGAGCUUCCGAAUUAAAAAAAAAGCCAAUUUGGCAUAAUAAAAAUAAUGCAUCGCUUUUUGCCAGUAUUCUUGGUGUUACACGCCAAAUCUAAAUUCUGAAAGAUUUGAUUUCUUUUUUCUUUUCGCCAACCCACACCGAAAUGGUUACCGAGAAGUAUAAAUAUAUUUAUAUUUUUGGCCACUGUCCUUCCCGGAGCGGUAAAAUUGUGAUUUCGGAUAAAGUCCAGUCAACUGGUCUAUUUAAUGUAAAUAGAUGUAAUUCAGUUUCUAUGUUCAAUAUGUUUAUAAACAUUUUUAACUUUUGCUUUUUGUAAAAACUGUACAGAGCUUUUACGAUAACUGGUUGUGUCAUUAAUACAAAUGAUAACAAAGGCGUCAAAUGUUAACUGUAUUUCCUUGUCUGGAAGACUUCAUUAACUCCACAGAAAAUGUUUUUUUUAAUGCAUUAUCUCAAUAAAAAGGUAGAGUAAAACAUUACAUCAAAAUAUAUCUAUAUCACAUCUAGAUCUAGUUCGUUCAUUUCUAUUUUAAUAAUAUAUCAUGAUAAUAUUGAUAAUAAUUAUAAUGAAUAAUAAUGUUAUUUUGUAAACGUUUUUAAGAUUUUUUUUUUAAAGUCCAGAGUCCAGUAUUAAUGUUUCAGUGGUAGCUUGCUAAUUGUUUCUUUACUCAAUCAAAAAGCCUUUUGGCUUUAAAAUUAUGCAAUCCUCUGCCUCCUCUUAUUAUUGCACUUAAUACACCCAGGCAGCUAACUAUACAUUUUAAUGCAUUUUUUUUUGUUGUGUAGUGUCUUAUGGCAUUAAAUGACUAUAAUUAUAAAUGAAUUGAAACAGUGUAUUGACUAGAUCAGUGUAUUGACCUUCAUUGUUUUGAUCAGAUCAGUGUAAUUGUAUAUUUCUUUUAAUGAGAAUAAUUUUUGUUUAUGACUGUUACCUAUUAAGUGCUGAAAGAUUAGUGAAAGAAAAACAUGUUCCAUAUCUACUGCCUUCUAAUGAUAGUUGUUUAUCUGUUUUUUUUAAUGGACCAAUACACUUCCUAAUCCUUCUAUACUGAUGUUUUCCAACAGUGCAUGUUACCCUGUGUUCAUAAUUUAGAUUAUCAUUUGUUGUUGUUAUUAUUAUGAUAUUUUGUUAACUUUUUUUAUCUUCAUUUUCUUUUGAUAGUAUGAUAAUCAAAAACCUUUUUGUGAAAAACAUUAUACAUGAAUUCUGUAUGAUAUGGAAAUCAAUGCUUUUGAGUAGUUGGCCUUUCUUCUGUUUUUUUUUAAAAAGAUGAUAGAUUGUAAAUAUGAAUUCCAUUUGCUAUCCAUGUUUUUUUUUUUUUAUUUUUUUUUUUUAUAUAUAUUUUGAAAAGUUGGAAUGUUUGGAGUAGGAAAUGACUGAAGUAACUGGACAGUCCAAUUGGUCACAACUAUCUGUGACUACCACUGCCCUUUGGCGUCUUUCUCACUUUGACAAAAGAAAAAAAAAAUCAUCCUUUAAUUUCAUUGCAGUCCUUCUCGAUCUUCUCUCUUGUUGUUUGUCUAUCUUGUAUAUCUUUCAGCAGCAUCUCUUUCACUCUAUCUUUUUUCUGGAUUCUAUCAACUGAUGCAAUAAUCUUUUUUUUAUGCAAACAAUUUUUUCUUGAACCUUUUCUAAAAGUGUUUCUCAGAAAACAACGUACUCAAUUUUAUUUUUGUUAUUGUUAGGUGUUUAAUAAAAACAAAAAUGUAGAAUCUGCUCAAAGAUAAAUACAUUGUGAAAAGUUUCUGAAACAAUUUGUCUGCUCAAUUUUUUUAUUUUCCAAAAACAAAAUUUAAAAAAUCAUGACUCUUAUCCCCCCAUCCCACCCCCAAAAUUAAUUGUUAUUGUUUUAUAGAUGAUAAAAUGCUGCCACACUUUUGUUUCCUAUUGGAUGUAAUGUUGACGCAGUUGCUUGAUUCAUUCAUUGAUUGUUUUACUGUUUCAAUUGUUACUGUUUUUCCGUCAAUAAAAAAAAAAUUGAACUGUUGCAUUGAAGUUUAUUUUCUAGAAUUACAAAGAAUACAAAAAUUCCAUUCCAUAAUAAAACAAUUCUUGUCAGUCUUUCUACAUCAUGCAUCUUUGAAUAAGCCUUUUCCUAUAUUAGCCUAUAGCCAUCAUGCAUUUUUUUUUUUUUUUUGGUAUAAAUUUUUCUUCUUUCAAAUUGAUCUUGUUAGAGCUAUACAGAUAACAUUGCCUUGAAGAGAAGUAGAAAUACUGCUAAUUGUGCUGUUUUUUUUUCCUUAUAUGAACUGUUGUAAUUAUAUAUAAAAAGCAAAUAUAUAAAUAUACUUAUAUAAAUAUUUAUAUAUAUUUGUGGUAAUAAGCUUCUUCUAUCCUAUAUGAUUUCAAGCAAAUAUUAUAUGAAAAAUUAACAAAUAAAUCUAGAUGUCUAUCAAUUUCAGUGUUUUUAAUUUUUUUUUCACUUAAAAUUUCAAAGGUUUACAUUUUGUUUUCUUUCCACUUGAGUGAAGUGUGGACAUGUGAAGAUUGUUAUAUGUCUGAUGUGUCAGGGACCAACUUGAAUCAUGAAUGAUGUACACAUGGACUUAUCACUUGUAUCAAUUAUAAAUAUAUUGGUUUUACACAAAGGUCAAUACAUUGCAGAUGUCAUGAAUUCAAUGCUUCAUUGUAUGGUGUACAGUGUUGUCAUGUUUUAUAAAAAAUAUAAAAAAAAUAUUUGAAAAAAAAAUUUGCACACUUAAAAUGGUUCAGAUGCUAUUAUUCUUUAUAUUACAUAUAUAUUUAUAUAUAUCUAUAUCUAACAACUUGAUACAAAUAAAUGCUCAGAAUAAUUUCUGUUUAUUUAAAUUUGUCAGCUUACAAUGAAUGCUUGUCAGACUUCUUUGUAGUAUUAGCCUAUGUAAACAGUGUAUGACAAUAGAACAACAGAAAUCAAUCCCAUAAUAUUCCAUUAAUGGUUUAUUGCUUCUUAUAGAAGGGAUGAGAUUACAUCCUUGGUAGUAAGACACUUGAAUAGAUAAGCACUGUAUUGAUAGCAAUUUAGAUUAUGAAGUAUGUCCUACUCAACUUUUAAUUAUGUUACCUUUUGUAUGUUACAAGUUUGUUUCUUGUUUUGAAACAUCAUUAGAUACCAGUUAUUGUUUUUUUUUUAGCUGCCAACUGUAAGCAUUACCAUAUCAAAGAAAAACGACAUUGUUUUUUUUUACUUUAUAUUAGAUGACAAACUAGUUGUUUUUCUUUACCACACAAAAAUUGUUUUUGAUAUAACAUGUCUUUUUUUAUAUACUACUUUUUUUUUUUAGUAAAUAAAAAUAUACAAAAUUUA